AUGCUCCCUAUGGGGGAUGUGAAUGUGGUGGCAUACAGUUUUGAUAAUGCUGGUCGUUGGUAUAUCGCUGGUACUCAAUCCGAUGGGAAGUCGAGGCUGUGGAGGACAUCAUGUGACCUGUCGUCCUAUGAAGUUUUGGCUGAACAUCCGAUUACCGACAUAGAAGCGAACCCUGAUGGUUCUGAAGUCUACGCCAUCAGUGAGGAGAGGGUGAUUGUCAUCAGUACUUUGGUCUACAACAGCAUUAGAGUUAUUGCUAAUGAUAAUAUGUACUUGGGGUACACUGGCCUUGCAUAUGCAGCUGGAAACCCCGACAGGUUGUAUGUGACUGCCAACACUUGGAAUGGCGUCUUCGGUUUCGAACGUAUUCCUUAUGGUACCGGUUGGAAGACACUUGGUUGGGUUGCCGGUUCUCAA